AACCGUGCCGUUUUGAUUCUCGUCGUCGAGGUUCGAAACUCUUUUUUCUCAGUUGGUAGGGGAAACACAAUGAGUCGUCGUCACAAGCCGACGCCAUGAGACUUUGCAGGAGUCUCUGGAGAGCUUUGGAGAUUUAGAUGAACUCCAAUCCCUCUGCUGAUGAUGAUAAAGAUUUGGAACAAUCACACGGGAAAACACAGAUUCUUUCUCUCGAAGUCCCGCUCUUUCUCGUCAAUCAAACGACCCGAUGAGAGCAGCCUCUUGAUCUCACCACGCAGAUUCAACCCAGCCUCUUACGUCUCUCUAUUCCACACUCUCUUCCGUCUCUACUUAAGAUGCGGGAGGCUCUACGGUGCAGCGAGGACGCUCUCCGCGAUGUGCACCUUCGGGUUCGCUCCCGAUUCGCGUCUCUUGAACAGCUUACUACACCAAUUCAAUCUCAACUGUUUAGUACCUCACCGCAAGGUAUCGUUGAUUUACAACAAGAUGAUAACUUUCGGUGUUUCACCUGACGUCUUUGCUACCAAUUCGUUGAUUCAUUCGUUCUGCAAAGUGGGUCGAUUGAGAUUAGCUGUUAGUUUACUUAGAAGUAGAGUAGUCAGCGUCGAUACUGUUACUUACAACACUGUGAUUCAAGGCUUAUGCCAACACGGUUUGGCUGACGAGGCUUAUGGGCUUCUCUCUGAGAUGGUGAAGAGAGGUGUACUCCCAGAUACUGUUAGCUACAACACUCUGAUCAACGGGUUUUGUAAAGUUGGAAACUUUGCUAGAGCUAAGUCAUUAGUCGACGAGAUCGGUGAACUAAACCUCGUGACUCACACUAUACUCAUAAGCUCUUACUACAGCCUCCACGCCAUUGAAGAUGCUUACAAGGAUAUGGUUAUGAGCGGGUUUAACCCGAAUGUUGUUACUUUUAGCUCGAUUAUUAACCGGUUGUGUAAAGACGGGAAAGUGGUGGAAGCGGGGUUGCUGCUGAGGGAAAUGGAGGAGAUGGGCGUGUAUCCGAACCGUGUAACUUAUACUACUCUUGUUGAUUCGUUGUUUAAAGGGGGAUGUUGUGGGGAGGCUUUGGCUCUAUACAGUCAGAUGGUUGUGCGUGGGGUUCCUGUAGAUUUAGUUGUGUAUACUGUUUUGAUGGAUGGAUUGUUUAAGGGCGGAGAACGUAGGGAGGGUGAGAAAACGUUUGAGAUGCUUUUGGGAGAUAAUCAAGUUCCGAGUGUGGUUACUUAUACGGCUUUGGUUGAUGGUUUGUGCAAAGCGGGGGAUUUAAGCGGUGCUGAGUCUGUAAUAACGCAGAUGUUGGAGAAAAGUGUAUUUCCGAAUGUUGUGACUUACUCUAGUAUGAUAAAUGGCUAUGUGAAGAGAGGGAUGUUGGAAGAAGCUGUUACUGUGAUGAGGAAAAUGGAAGAUCAUAACAUUGUGCCGAACUGUUUUACUUAUGGUACAGUUAUUGAUGGCUUGUUUAAGGCAGGGGAACAAGAAGUGGCUAUUGAAAUGAGCAAGGAGAUGAAAUUUAUUGGGUUGGAGGAAAACCACUACGUACUUGAUGCUCUGGUGAAUCAUUUGAAGAGAAGUGGCGGGGUUAGGGAAGUUAAGGGAUUAGUCAAAGACAUGGUUUCUAAAGGAGUGACACUGGAUCGUAUCAACUACACCUCUUUAAUUGAUGUGUUCUUCAAAGGAGGAGAGGAAGAAGCUGCUCUCGCUUGGGCUGAAGAAAUGCAAGAGAAAGGGAUGCCGUGGGAUGUUGUUUCUUACAACGUCUUGAUCAACGGGCUGUUAAAGGUUGGCAGAGUCGGAGCAGACUGGGCCUACAAAGGAAUGAGAGACAAAGGUAUAGAACCAGAUGUCGCUACAUUUAACAUAAUGAUGAGUUCACUACGAAAGCAAGGGAAUCUCGAAGGCGUCCUCAACCUCUGGGAUAAGAUGAAAAGCCAUGGAGUUAAACCGAGUCUGAUGAGUUGCAACAUUGUUAUUGAAACGCUAUGUGAACAGGGUGAGAUGGAGUUAGCAAUUGACAUAUUACAUCAAAUGAUGGUUAUGGAGAUUCAUCCUAACAUCACAAUAUACCGAAUUUUUCUCGAGGCAUCUUCAAAGCAUAAAAGAGCAGACGUGAUAUUCAAAACGCACGAAAAACUCCUGAGCUGUGGAGUUAACCUCAGCAAGCAAGUCUACAAUACUCUUAUUGCAACUCUGUGCAAGCUAGGUAUGACUAAAAAGGCAGCUAUGGUGAUGGAGGAUAUGAAAGAGAGAGGCUUUGUUCCUGAUACCGUGACGUUCAACGCCCUUAUGCAAGGGUACUUUGUUGGCAGUCAUAUAGGAAAAGCUCUUUCCACAUAUUACGUUAUGUUGGAAGCAGGAACAUCCCCCAAUAUAGCAACCUAUAACACUAUAAUAAGAGGUCUCUCUGACGCUGGGCUAAUCAAAGAGGUUGAAAAAUGGCUGAGUGAGAUGAAGAGCAGAGGCAUGCGUCCUGACGAUUUUACAUACAACGCUUUAAUCUCUGGUCAAGCUAAGAUGGGGAAUAAGAAAGAAAGCAUGACGCUAUACUGUGAGAUGAUCGCCAACGGGCUGGUGCCUAGAACCAGCACUUAUAAUGUGCUAAUCAGCGAGUUUGUUAGAGUUGGGAAGAUGCCUCAGGCGAGAGAGCUAAUGAAGGAGAUGGGUAAGAGAAGAGUGAGCCCCAACACUUCGACUUAUUGCACUAUGAUAUCUGGUUUGUGCAAGCUUUGCACUCAUCCAGAGGUUGAGUGGAAUAGAAAAGCAAUGUACUUGGCAGAGGCAAAGGGGUUGUUAAAAGAGAUGAUUGAAGAAAAGGGAUAUAUUCCGUGUGAUCAAACUGUUUACUGGAUAAGCGCGGCUUUCUCUAAGCCAGGGAUGAAGGUUGACGCUGAGAGGUUCUUAAAGGAGUGUUACAAGAGAAAGAAUGCUCGUUCCUCAGAUUCGUGAAAUAGAUAUGCAGAUUUGGCUCCAAACAGGACAUCUACUGUGAUUUCACAACUGGGGUUGGUACAGUGCUUCUUCAGAUAUGUUUCGGUUAAAUCAAACUGCACGAGCCAUAGCUAUUUCCAGAGAACAUCCUUUGAAUUUCAUUGUAGCAAACCUGCAUGGCGGCUGCUGAAUAGGCAAGACUAUUGAUCAAGCUGGUUUCUGGAUGGAACUAGUGAGUUGUAAAGCGGCAUUGAAGAAGAAAUCUAUGUUUCUUAAUGGAUUUUGCCUCAAUGCAGCUUACUCUGGCCAAACAGGAUGACUAAGUUCAUGUUUGGUCUUUUAAUGGAAGCCAUACCAAAGCUUGGAGCUUGGGAUUUUCUCAGGAGAAGGAUGGAAGCAAGCUUCUGGAAUGGUAUGAAACUAAGGUUAUGGAGUCAGUGAACACAAGACUGUUCUCAAUCCUACUCCUUGCUUGGGAAAUCUACACUACACUAUUGUUUCUUUUUGCUCAGAAAGUCAUCAAUAAACCAUAGCUAUAUGAAUUAUCACAAUAAUUGAUAUCUCAGAUGAAUAAUUAUUUUCAUUUGUUUAACAGUGUUGUCAGAAUCAGAGAUUUUUUUCUUCUGAA